AAAUAAUUGAGACUUUGAAAUAAAAACCAAUUUUGAAAAUCGAAAUGCUUUUCUGUCCAUGUUAAUGUUUACAGACCGUCAAGUGCGUUAUCAGCAUGGAAAAGGUCCUUGUAAUGUUUUCAUAUUAGAUACAUCUUUGAGUCUGGGAAUAGAAGGAUUUAUACAGAUGAGAAAAACGUUUUCUACCAUAAUUGAUGAGUUUGCAAAGCAUUUAGACGUUGAUGAGAACGUCGCAGUUAUUGUCUGUGGACUACAAACGAAGGUUCAUCGGUAUUAUUCCAACAAUUAUGAUGAUAUAAAACAUUCUCUAGAUGACGUUGAGUUUGGUGGACCGUCUCCUCUAACAGCGGCAUUUUUCCUUUCAAUUGGAUGUGUUCAAGAUGGUGCCGGUCAUACAUAUAAAAUGGGGGCUUAUGAGGUUUAUCCAAGAAUAAUUCUUAUUUCGGAUGGAAGACCAACUGACUUUACGAAUUUUAUUGAAUCGGAUCGUUACGGUGAAGAGUCUCCGCACAAUAACACUGAACGACACAUAAAUUUUUUGAUGCAGUUGACGAGAAAAAUAGGCAGGACACAUCCAAUAUUUUGCAUUCCUGUGGGAAGAGACCCUGAUAUUACAACAUUAGAAACUAUAAGUGCCGAGUCACGAGGAGGAAAGAUAGUUCAUUCAGACGAUGCUGCACAAUUCGCCAAAUAUUCACAAAAUAUAAGAACGGCGUCGAUGUUGUCUUUUGCUGUGGAGAAUGAUGGUGAUGACCAAGAAAGAGUUAUGAUGUCCCUUGUGUGUACGUUUCCCGACAGAGUGUUUACAGAAAAAGAUCAGAAGGACAUACUUGAGUUAUGUUCAAGAAAAUCAUCAUUUUUGCCACCUGAUGAGAAAGAGGAGGUCGGUACUGAUACGGAAGUUCUCUUUGAGGAAAAAAACCCUCAUAUGCCUCCAUUGGGUUCAAGGGUAAAACGAGGACGAGACUGGCGUUAUGAGAAUCAGGAUAACUAUGGUCCUGGUACCGUUAUUGGGCACUCUAAAAUGGAGGAGUGGCUGAUUGUAGAAUGGGAUACUGGAUCAAGGCGGCCUUAUAGAUUUGGAACUACGGGUACACCAUCGGAUAAAUACGAUGUAGAGCUAUGCUGUGAACCACGUGUUUUGUUCAACGAAUUGAUUGGUACAGGCUGCCUUGUCACCAGGGGGAAAGACUGGAUUUGGGGAAAUCAGGAUGAAGGUGCAGGAAAUAUUGGUUCAGUUUUGGUAUUUCAAAGCUUUGGAGCAGUACUUGUGCGAUGGCCGCAUGGAUUGAUAAAACAAUACAGAUUUGGACGUGAUGGAUGCUUUGACCUUGAAAUAAUUGACCCAUUCUCGCCGGAGGCUAUGAAACAUCUCAAAGAUCAAAUGCGGAAAACUGUAUCUAAUCACAUUAGAGAGGCUCGAUCGGAUGCCACAGAGGAUUUUGAAAAACCAUCAAGUUUCUCCUCUAAACCGCGUGUGGAAUGUGAGAAAACGCCAAACGUUGACUUGUUAGAUAGCCCAAUUCUUCCUGUUAUAAAAGGAAGAUACUUCAAGAAUAAUAAAGCCUUGGACAAAUCAGCUGAUAUUGAAAUAGAUGGCCCAAUAUUUACACCUGCAAUAAAACAGUGGUGGUGGAAAGACGGUGAAGGAAAAUGGCUUCCAUUUCCAAAAGAGGAAAAUAAAAGGAUAAACAAAUGUUACGAACGUUAUCCAAAAUCAACUGUUGUUGUCUCAAUCCAAAACCAGUCUUACAGGGUUGUGAUGGCAAAAAACUUAGUGAUAAAUCUGACGACAAAAAAUGUUUUCCAGAUAAAACUCCUAAAACACGGGUCAAGUCCGUGAACAAAAGCCAACAAAUUCAACAGUAUUAAAUCCAAGAAGCGUGGUUUAAGAGAAAUUUGAAAUAAGUGUUAUACUUGCUUUUUUAUUGAUUUGUUCGCCUUUUUUUGCUCAACAAUCUUCAUCAGUAGAUGAGAUUAAAAGAGACUUCUUACAAAUUAGUUUUCAGACUUUACACUCAUGUGAUUUAGAGCAAAAACUUUUAUCUAAUAUGUGGUCACACUAAAGCCAGAUAUUGUAAAAUCAAACUAUUUAUACAAGAGUAAUUUUGGCCCCCGACGUUUUAUCCAAAAAUGACCUUGUAAGCGCUCUCAUGCCUACAAAUUUUGACGGAUUUUCAUUAAAUUUAUACCAAAUGUUUAUACCACUAUUACCUUGGUCAAGUUCCUAAAUCAGCCUUGGUCGAUAGACUUGAUACUAGUAUACUGCUUGACCGGCGGGGGACCCAGGAAUUCUAUUCUUGUUAAAAAGAUAUUUUUCCUGCUUGAUAUAAGGUAUGGUUUAUUUAUAAAUUACCAAUUAUCAAUUACUGUCACAUGGCACAAAUAAUCGAUUUAAGACUAUUCCUGUAUGUACGACCCUUAAAUUUAUGGAAGCUCAUAAUCACAUUAUUAAGGUAUGUGAAAGGAAUUUCUUUGUACUUCACCUGUCACAAUAAACGUUAAUUCUUAUAUCCUAAUGAUACAAUAGGUAAAUCUGAAGUUAUUCACACAUUUGUUUUCAGCUGUACCUUCUCUUUAAUGAAAAUAUGAAGGAAAUGAAACAUUUUACUUUCGUUUCAUUUGAUAUUGUUUAAACAUUAAUUUUGACUCCUUUAUUUUAUUGAAUAUUGUUUAAAGAAGUGGCAAAAAAAAAAAAUGUUUAAACAUAUUGUGGUCCGCUUUCAACAAAUGAAUAUACUGUAGCAUUGCGAUUUUUAAAACACACACACACACACACUAAUCGCUAAAGUUUUUUUUCAUUUCAUAAAUAUCAUUUUUUCCUCUUUAGGUCCAUUUUGUUGUAUUCUAGAUCAUUUAUAAUAAUUUGUGUUUCUUUGAUGAAUGAAAUGUAUUUUACUAUAUUUUUUUUCAUUUUUUUAGAUUAGCAUAUUUUGAUCAUGAAUACGCUGUAAAUUAUUCAAUAUCAAUUCAAUGUAAGAAUCAAUGAUUUACAUAAGGGUCUGGCCACGGAUAGUCACCAAUUUUAUUUAUAUUUUAUACAUAGACACACCUAGGUGUAAAACGCAAAAAUACAUUUAAAAUUGCUUGGGGUAACCGUUGCCAUGGUAACCGAGGCUAAAGAUGGAAAAAUAGCAAAACUUUCCUACUUUAAAGGCAUUUUAAAAGGUUUUGUCCAAUAAUAUAAACAAAAUCAUAAACAUGGCAAAACAAAUAUGUAUCAAAACAGAAAGCAACCUUUCUCCUAUUGUCAAUUCUAAUUUUAAUGAAGAAAUUAAUUAAGAAACGAAUACUCUCAAAUGUUACCAUGGAAAUCGUUAAAAAAAAAUUGAAAUCGGAAUUUUACAAAUUUUAAUAAGCCGAAAUUUUAACAGCCUUUCAAUGUCUGUUCAAUAAAUAUUUUAUAUACGAAAAUUGACACCCGUUGCUAUGGUUACAAGAAAUGGGAACAACUGAAAAAUUUAAGAUGAUUUUAAUCAGCUGAAACUCCAGAUUUUUAAUUUUUUAGCAUUUGUUUUCGUUGAAAUUUGUACAGAUAUGCCUUUAUUCUUAUCAUAUACCACAAAAGGCUUUUUUAUGCAAAAAAGUACCAUUGCUAUGGAAAUUUAACUUGACAUGUGAAAAAUAACCAUUUUAAAAUUGUUCACCUCAUUACCAUGGCAUCUGGUCUCAGUUUUAAAUAUGCGUUUCUCUAUAAAAAGUUUUGUAAAAUUACAAAUUUUCCAAUAAUAUAUUUAACCCUGGGAAGCAUAAGUUGUGCAUAUCACUUACAAAAUCAUCUCAAAUUAGCAUUGGAUUGCCAUUUUUACAACUUUACUCUUUCUCUUA